AUACUCUACAGUCUACACCAUAUCUGCUCAGUGUCACCCUCACACUCUUCUUCUCUGCGACCAAUUCCUCGAUCAAUUUAUUGCAACAAUUUUCAAGGGCGAGAUUGGCGUGGAAGGGCGGCAUGGGGAACCGCGACCUUUGGGUGCUGGGGCUGAUUCUGGCGGCUGCAGUGCUGGUGGAGCCGAAGUACAUGGUGUACGAUACCUCGGCGGCCAUUGUUCCCGGGAAGCUCAAUGUUCAUCUGGUUCCUCAUACUCACGACGAUGUCGGUUGGUUGAAGACUGUUGAUCAGUACUAUGUUGGCUCCAACAAUUCAAUCCAGGGUGCUUGUGUCCAAAAUGUAUUGGAUUCCUUGAUUCCAGCAUUGUUGGCGGAUAAAAAUAGGAAGUUCAUUUAUGUUGAACAGGCAUUUUUCCAGAGGUGGUGGAGGAACCAAAGCCCGAAGAUGCAGAAUACUGUCAGGGAGCUCGUCAACUCCGGUCAACUUGAAUUCAUAAAUGGGGGUUGGUGCAUGCAUGAUGAAGCUGCCACACAUUAUAUUGACAUGGUAGAUCAAACGACCUUAGGGCACCGGUAUAUCAAGCAGCAGUUCAAUGUAACCCCACGAAUUGGAUGGCAAAUUGACCCUUUUGGCCACUCUGCAGUUCAGGCCUAUCUCCUGGGUACAGAGGUAGGAUUUGACUCUCUAUAUUUUGGGCGUAUUGAUUAUCAAGAUCGAGCAAAGCGGAAAGGUGAGAAGAGUCUUGAGGUCAUCUGGAGGGCUUCUAAAAGUUUGGGCGCAUCCUCACAGAUUUUUGCUGGUGCAUUCCCUGAGAAUUAUGAGCCACCAAGUGGUUUCUAUUUUGAAGUCAAUGAUGACUCUCCAAUUGUUCAGGAUGAUACCGACCUGUUUGACUACAACGUCCCAGAGCGUGUUAAUGACUUUGUUGCUGCAGCAUUGUCACAGGCCAAUAUUACCCGCACAAACCAUGUAAUGUGGACCAUGGGAACAGAUUUCAAGUAUCAGUAUGCACACACUUGGUUUCGCAAUCUGGACAAACUCAUUCAUUACGUCAAUCAAGAUGGACGUGUCAAUGCUUUAUACUCGACUCCAUCAGUCUACACAGAUGCAAAACAUGCUUCAGAUCAGUCUUGGCCUCUUAAGACUGAGGACUUUUUCCCAUAUGCAGACCGUGAAAAUGCCUAUUGGACCGGAUAUUUCACAAGUAGGCCAGCCAUCAAGGGCUACGUCAGAUCGAUGAGUGGCUAUUAUUUGGCAGCAAGGCAAUUGGAAUUUUUUAAAGGAAGAAAUGAGGCGGGACCGACCACCGAUUCACUUGGAGAUGCUAUGGCCAUUGCUCAACACCAUGAUGCAGUUAGUGGAACGGAGCAACAACAUGUCGCUAAUGAUUAUGCAAAGCGUUUGUCAAUAGGUUACAAGGAGGCGGAAGAUGUGGUUGCAAAUACAUUGGCUUGUGUGCUUGAAGCAAAAUUGAAAUCUGGAUGCAAGAAUGUGGAAACAAAGUUUAGUCAGUGCCCGCUUCUGAAUAUAAGUUACUGUCCUCAAACUGAAGUUGAUUUGUCUCUUGGUAAAAACUUGGUGGUGGUUGUAUAUAAUUCUCUAGGAUGGAAGAGAACUAAUGUUGUGAGAAUCCCUGUGAGCAGUGAAACUGUUGCCGUUUGGGAUUCCACUGGAAAAGAAAUAGAAUCACAGGUUUUACCUGUAUUAGAUGCCUCAAUGUCCCUGAGGAAAUACUACGCUAAAGCUUAUGUUGGCAAAUCCUCAAAUACUAGGACAUUAUAUUGGCUUGCAUUUACUGCAACGGUUCCACCGUUAGGUUUCACCACAUAUACGAUCACCAGCAGUAGACAUUCUGUUGCAGCUAAAGCUAAGGAGACAAAUCAUCAAUUAAGUAUGCAUCAAAAUGAUGUCAUAGUAGCAGGGCCCGGCAACUUGAAACUAAUGUUUUCUGGAAAUGAUGGAAAACUUGCUAAAUUUGUUAAUGGCCAAAACAAGGUUAAUGCUGAUGUGUCACAAUCAUACAUUUAUUAUUCUGCUGAUGAUGGUAGCAAGGAUAAGGAUAGGGACCACUAUCAGGCCAGUGGAGCAUAUAUAUUUCGCCCAAAUGGCUCAUUUGCAUUGAGCAAUGAAGGAAAGGUCCCCCUUAAAGUUUUACGUGGACCUCUUUAUGAUGAAGUUCAUCAAACAAUAAAUUCGUGGAUUUACCAGAUUACAAGAGUUUACAAGGAAAAAGAGCAUGCUGAAGUUGAGUUUACUAUUGGCCCCUUACCUAUUGAUGAUGGAAUAGGGAAAGAGGUUGUGACCCGGAUUACAACUGACAUAAAAAGUAACAAGACAUUUUAUACCGAUUCUAACGGGCGCGAUUUCCUUGAAAGGAUUCGGAACUACAGAGUUGAUUGGGAUCUUCAAGUGAAUCAACCGGUUGCAGGAAAUUAUUAUCCGAUCAAUCUUGGAACAUACAUAAAGGAUAGCAAUACCGAGCUCUCGAUCUUGGUUGAUAGGUCUGUGGGAGGCUCGAGCCUUAUUGAUGGCCAAUUGGAGCUCAUGCUUCAUAGGAGGUUGCUUCAUGAUGACGGUAAAGGUGUUGGUGAAGCACUGAAUGAAACAGUGUGUGUUGCAGACAAGUGUGCAGGAUUAACGGUCAGUGGGAAAUUUUAUGUAAGAAUCGACCCUCUCGGAGGGGGAGCUAGGUGGCGCCGGUCCUUUGGACAGGAGAUAUAUUCCCCGUUUCUUUUAGCAUUUUCUGAGCAGGCCACAAAUGAAGGGAUGAAGUCUCAAAUCUCAACAUUUACCGGGAUUGACCCUUCCUAUAGUCUUCCUGAUAAUGUUGCAAUCAUCACACUACAGGAGCUUGAAGACAAGACCGUUCUUAUACGAUUGGCACAUUUGUACGAGGCUGGAGAAGACAAAGAUCUAUCAACUAUAGCCACUGUAGAGUUGAAGAAACUGUUCCCCAGCAGGAAGAUAAACAAAGUUAAGGAAACUAGUUUAAGCGCCAACCAAGAACGCGAAGAAAUGGAAAAGAAAAGGCUAAUAUGGAAAGCCAACGGCGGGUCUUCUGAACAAUGGCAUUCAUCUAGAGGUUGUCCUCUAGAUCCCGUAAAGUUGAUCGUGGAACUCGCCCCAAUGGAGAUCCGCACCUUCGUGGUCGAACUUGGCUCAAGAUUAUCUAUGAAAGUGACGAAUCCACAUUUCUUUCUCAAGUAAAUGUUUGGCGAGAUGAAUGCUGUGGGAGUUAGCUAAGGCCUUUGAUGUCCAUCUUCAUGUAAUUAUAGUUUAUGCACUUGCUUGAAAAACUACAAUAAUGUCUGUAAAUUCUCUCCUUUUGAGCUUCAAUAAUAAGAAAGUGAGUUUUUU